AUGGAAUCAAAUUAUUAUUGGAAAAAACUCACUUCUCAUACAACACUACUAUUGAAUUCAAUUUCUGAUGCAAUUUAUAUUUCUGUACUUUUUAUUGCUUAUUUGUUUGGUAAAUUAUUUUUGAGUAAAAAAAAGUCUGAUCUAUCUGUAAUGGAUUCGAUCAGCCAAUUAUCAACAAAAGUUGUACGUAUACUAGGUCAUAAUCCAGGCCCAUUUACGCUUCAAGGAACAAAUACUUACUUGGUUGGAAGUAGUAAUGAGAGAAUUUUGAUUGACUGUGGGGAAAGUGGCGUGCAGUCAUACGUUGAUGAUUUGAUAAAAGCAUUGGGUGAUGCUACAAUAACGUCAAUUAUUUGCACACAUUGGCAUCAAGAUCACGUUGGAGGAAUACUGGAUAUUUUCAAACAUGUGACUAAUGGACCAGUUCCAGUUUAUAAGUUUGAAAGGACUGAUUAUCCCGUAACGAAGGAAAUAAUAUAUAAUUAUAUUACACCGGGACAUGUUAUAAAAAGUCCUGGUGUCACAUUAAGAUGUAUAGCAACACCUGGACAUACUUCUGAUCAUAUGUCGAUAUAUUUUGAAGAAGAAAAAAGCUUAUUUAGUGGUGAUUGCAUUCUUGGUGAAGGAACUUCAAUAUUCGAAGAUUUGCAUGACUAUAUGCAUUCUUUAAAAAUACUUUCUAAUCUUAAUAUCAUCAGAAUCUAUCCUGGACAUGGCAAAGUUAUCGAAAAAGGUUUGGAAAAAAUUUCUGAAUACAUCAAUCAUCGUGAAAAACGGGAAGACGAAAUAUUAGAAACAUUGAAACGUUUGAGCAUAGCAUCAUGUGUUCGAGACAUACCCUGGUCAGUGAAACUAGGUGCUGUAAAUAAUGUGAGAAAGCAUUUAAUUAAACUUGAAAAAGAAAAUAGAAUCAGACAGAUCGGAUUCGACAAUUAUUGUUUGAAAUAA